ACUCACAUGGCCACCACCAUGAAUCGCGGUGUAUCGAAUGUAAAACAAAAAUUCGAAGGACCCGCUCAAAAUAACAGUCGAACACGUUUGAAUAAGAAUCAGUCUAUAAAACUUUAUAGAAAGAAGCAGAAACGCCGAGAAAUACAAAAUUCUGAAAUUCAGAAACUUGUUUCGAAGUACGAAAAGAUCGACUCUACUGCAGUGAGAAACUUUACAGAUUUCCCAUUGUCUCAAAGGACAAAGCUAGGACUUAAGGAUGGGGGAUAUUUCGAACCAACAGAAAUUCAGAAAGAAUCUGUAGGGCUUGCACUGAGGGGGUUGGAUAUAUUGGGAGCAGCCAAGACAGGAUCUGGUAAAACCCUUGCAUUUCUCAUUCCG